AUGGCAUUUGAAUUGAUUUUGUCGUCACUUUGCAUGAACAUUUCGUGCGACGUUCCCGAAGUACCUGAAACGACUUUUUAUUGGGAUUUUAAUGACACUGCUUCGAGUUACGAAAAAAAACAAGAAAAUUUGCAAAAAAUUCGCGAUUCACUCAAUGGACAAGUGCUUAAAGUCACAACUUUGCAAGAUCCGCCACUGAGUUGGUCGGAAGAAGAUGAAAAUGGCGUCCUGGUUGGCAAAGGGAUCGCAUUUAAUUUGUUUAAUGUCCUUACGGAAAAAUUCAAUUUUACUUACGAACUGAUUUUGCCAAAAAAUAACAUAAUUGGAUCGACAGACGAUUUCGCGGGAAGUUUAUUGGAACAAGUACAAACGAAACAAGUCGAUGUUGCAGUGGCUUUUCUCCCAAUUCUCGCUGAUGCACGCGAACACAUUCGAUUUUCCACGGGACUCGAUGAAGGAGAGUAUUAUAUGAUCAUGACGAGACCCGCAGAAAGUGCCAGUGGCUCGGGAUUGUUGGCUCCUUUUCAACUUUACGUGUGGCUUUUGAUAUUAAUUUCUCUUCUUGCCGUUGGACCGUGCAUCUAUUACCUGAUAAUCCUGAGAAAUCGCCUGACUAAAGAUGAGAAACAGAAAAUUUAUCCCUUGCCGCAUUGCAUUUGGUUCGUUUAUGGCGCUCUGAUGAAACAAGGAAGUGUUUUGUCGCCGUCGGCGGAUUCCACGAGAAUUCUUUUUGCAACGUGGUGGAUUUUUAUAACAAUUUUGACGAGUUUUUACACAGCUAAUCUUACGGCUUUUUUGACGCUUUCGAGAUUUACGUUGCCUUUUAACACAGUUGAGGAUAUUGUGCAAAAGGAUCAGAGAUUUGUGUCAAAAAGAGGCGGAGGAAUUGAAUAUUCAAUUAAAAAUCAAAAUGAAGAGCUUAAUAUCCUUCAAAAGUUAGUAAAUCGUGACUACGCAUACAACACAAUGAACGACACCGAAAUCCUGCGUGAUAGAGUAGAGAAAAAGCACUAUUUGUAUAUAAGAGAUCGCCCGGCAAUGGAUCAUUUGCGCUACGAAGACUACAAAUACCGCAAAACCAAAAGCAAGAGCGAAGAGAAGAAACAUUGUCCGUUUGCUGUUGCAAAAGAACCUCUUUUGAGACGAGGACGAGCUUUUGCCUAUCCAUUGGGCACAAAAUGGCAUUCCAUCUUCGAUCCAGAACUUUUAAGUCUCGUUGAAGGCGGCAUUGUCAAGUACAUGACGAUGGAUAACCUACCAAAAGCGGAAAUUUGUCCGCAACAAUUGACAUCGACCGAACGACAAUUGCGAAAUAAUGACUUAAUGACGACUUAUUAUGUGAUGCUUGCUGGUUUUCUAACGUCUUUUGUUGUUUUUGUCACAGAGUUCUUUUUCAAAUGUUGCAACGAGCGAAUAUUCAAUCGAGAUCAAACAAUAAAGAUACAAAAUCUGCAACCGACGGUGUCAACAUGGGCUACAAAGACUUCAGGAUAUAGCCCGCCGCCGUCUUAUUCGAGUCUCUUGGAUCGAAUUCACAACACAAAGGCUAGUGAGGGUCUGAGUGACGGUCUUCGCCAAAUAAUUAACGGUCGAGAGUACAAAAUUGUGACAGAUAUCACAGGCAACAAGCAGUUAAUACCGCUUCGAGUGCCGAGUGCCGCACUUUUCACCUAUUUCACGUACAAUAGUCACCUGCAACAGUAG